UGAACGCACCUCCCGUCAGGCUCUGCGUCAACAGCCGCCCCGGUGCGUCUGAUUGUUUAUUUGGUUGUUUGUUUGUGUUCUUUGGGUUUGAUACCGGGGAGGCAGAGCCACAGGUUCGACAGGUGUCCACACGGUAAGGAUGGUUGUUACCUGUCCUGAUUGGUCCGUUUGCUGAGUCAUCAGUUCACCUGUAACCAGAGCCUGUGGGCGUCUCCAUCCACAGCUGCACGAUGACCGGAUGAUGUCGGAGAGCAGCCGCUAUGGCCUGCAGCGGCGGUCAGAGCAACGCCGAAACGCUGGAGGGCUUCCAGGAGGUGAACUUGGCCUCGCCCACCACACCUGACCUUCAGAACCAAGCAGAGCAGCGCCCCCCGGCCCGUCACAGUGCCCCGCCCACCACUCUGUAUCGCACCCACUCCCUGGGUCCGCCCCCACCCGGCCUCCACACCUCCCUGCGUGCGGACCAGCUCCCCACUCAGCCGGUGUACUCCGCACCGCGGCACAACCACAAUGGGAGCGUGCCCGGCUUGGAGGCGGAGUCAACCGAUGGUGGCGUCCCGUCUGCGGAGGACGGCGAGGAGUGCGGCGCUCUGAGCGACAGCCUGUCGCGGCUUCGGAGCCCGUCGGUGAUGGAAGUCAGAGAGAAAGGAUACGAGAGGCUGAAGGAGGAGCUGGCCAAGGCUCAGAGGGAGCUGCUGUUGAAGGAUGAGGAGUGUGAGAGGUUGUCUAAAGUCAGAGAUCAGCUCGGCCAGGAGCUUGAGGAGCUCACCGCCAGUCUCUUCCAGGAGGCCCAUAAAAUGGUGAAAGAAGCCAAUGUCAAACAGGCGACGGCUGAAAAGCAGCUAAAAGAAGCUCUGGGCAAGAUUGACGUCCUUCAGGCGGAGGUCCAGGCCCUGAAGACCUUGGUGCUCUCCUCCCCCACCUCCCCCGUGGGUGAGCUUCCCUCUGCGGUGGGGGGAGGCGUUAAAACCCCCUUCAAGAAGGGCCACAGCCGGAACAAGAGCACCUCCUCGGCCAUGCUGGGGACGCAGCCGGACCCGUCGGCCACGCAGCCCAUCGUUCGGGAGUGUCGGGAGGUGGACAGUCAGCUGUUCAGUGAGUUCAGAGCGUGGAGGGAGGAGCCGACGCUGGACCGCAGCUGCAGCUUCCUGGACAGAGUUUACCGCGAGGACAUUUACCCCUGCCUCACCUUCAGCAGGAGCGAGCUGGGUUCGUCCAUCCUGGAGGCCGUGGAGCAGAACACGCUCAGCGUGGAGCCGGUGGGUUUCCAGCCGCUGCCCGUGGUCAAAGCGUCUGCCGUGGAGUGCGGAGGACCAAACGGGCGAAGAGCUGAGCUCGUCACAAAAUGUGCCCUGAGCGGUCAGACCAAAACCUGCAAGCACAGAAUCAAGUUCGGAGACUCGUCCAACUAUUACUACGUGUCUCCGUUCUGCAGAUACAGAAUCACAGCCGUGUGCAACUUCUUCACCUACAUCCGCUACAUCCAUCAAGGGCUGGUCAAACAGCAGGACGCUGAGCAGAUGUUCUGGGAGGUGAUGCAGCUCCGCAGGGAAAUGUCCGUCGCCAAGCUGGGCUACUACAAGGACCAGCUGUGACCCCGCCCACCAGUCAGCCAAGCUCC